AUGAGGCGGCUGCGGCGCUGGGCGUUCGCGGCGCUGCCGCUGCUGCUACCGCUGCUCCCCGCGCCCGGUCUUGGGGUCCGGGGUCCUGCCGGAGCGCUGCGCUGGGGGGUCUCACCCCAGGUAGGAGGCCCAGAAGCCCCUGAGGUCACAGAGCCCAGCCGCCUGGUGGGCCAGAGCUCUGGGGGAGAGAUUCGGAAGCAGCAGCUGGACACCAGGGUCCGCCAGGAGCCGCCCGGGGGCCCGCCUGUCCAUCUCGCCCAGGUGAGUUUUGUCAUCCCGGCCUUCAACUCAAACUUCACGCUGGACCUGGAGCUGAACCAUCACCUCCUCUCCUCGCAAUACGUGGAGCGCCACUUCAGCCGGGAGGGGACCGCGCAGCGCAGCACGGGCGCUGGAGACCACUGCUACUACCAGGGGAAGCUCCGGGGGAACCCCCACUCCUUCGCUGCCCUGUCUACCUGCCAGGGGCUGCAUGGGGUCUUCUCUGACGGGAACCUGACCUACAUCGUGGAGCCCCAGGAGACGGCUGGGCCUUGGGGAGCCUCCCAGGGACCCCUCCCCCACCUCAUUUACCGGACCCCUCUCCUCCCAGCCCCCCUCGGAUGCAGGGGACCAGGUUGCCUGUUUGCUGCUCCUGUCCACUCUGCUCCCCCAAACCGGCCGAGGCUGAGAAGGAAAAGGCAGGUCCGCCGGGGCCACCCCACGGUGCACAGCGAGACCAAGUACGUGGAGCUGAUUGUCAUCAAUGACCACCAGCUGUUCGAGCAGAUGCGGCAGUCGGUGGUCCUCACCAGCAACUUCGCCAAGUCCGUGGUGAACCUGGCAGACGUGAUGUACAAGGAGCAGCUCAACACUCGCAUUGUGCUGGUCGCCAUGGAAACGUGGGCCGAUGGGGACAAGAUCCAGGUGCAGGACGACCUCCUGGAGACCCUGGCCCGGCUCAUGGUCUACCGGCGGGAGGGUCUGCCGGAGCCGAGUGACGCCACCCACCUGUUCUCGGGCAGGACUUUCCACAGCACCAGCAGCGGAGCGGCCUACGUGGGCGGCAUCUGCUCCCUGUCCAGGGGUGGGGGUGUGAAUGAGUAUGGCAACAUGGGAGCCAUGGCUGUGACCCUGGCCCAGACGCUGGGGCAGAACCUGGGCAUGAUGUGGAACAAACACAGGAGUUCAGCAGGGGACUGCAAGUGUCCGGACAUCUGGCUGGGCUGCAUCAUGGAGGACACUGGGUUCUACCUGCCCCGCAAGUUCUCGCGCUGCAGUAUCGACGAGUACAACCAGUUCCUGCAGGAGGGCGGCGGGAGCUGCCUCUUCAACAAGCCCCUCAAGCUCCUGGACCCCCCGGAGUGCGGAAACGGCUUCGUGGAGGCGGGGGAGGAGUGCGACUGCGGCUCGGUGCAGGAGUGCAGCCGUGCCGGGGGCAACUGCUGCAAGAAGUGCACCUUGACUCACGACGCCAUGUGCAGCGACGGGCUCUGCUGCCGCCGCUGCAAGUACGAGCCGCGAGGCGUGUCCUGCCGGGAGGCCGUGAACGAAUGCGACAUCGCGGAGACCUGCACCGGGGACUCCAGCCAGUGUCCCCCUAACCUUCACAAGCUGGACGGUCACUUCUGCGACCAUGAACAGGGCCGCUGCUAUGGAGGCCGCUGCAAAACCCGGGACAGGCAGUGCCAAGCCCUCUGGGGCCACGCGGCUGCCGAUCGCUUCUGCUACGAGAAGCUGAACGUGGAGGGGACGGAGCGUGGGAACUGUGGGCGCAAGGGGUCAGGCUGGGUCCAGUGCAACAAGCAGGACGUGCUCUGUGGCUUCCUCCUCUGUGUCAACAUCUCUGGAGCCCCUCGGCUGGGGGACCUGGGAGGUGACAUCAGCAGUGUCACCUUCUACCACCAGGGCAAGGAGCUGGACUGCAGGGGGGGCCACGUGCAGCUGGCCGAUGGCUCAGACCUGAGCUACGUGGAGGACGGCACAGCCUGUGGACCCAACAUGCUGUGCCUGGACCACCGAUGCCUGCCGGCCUCUGCCUUCAACUUCAGCACCUGCCCCGGCAGCGGGGACCGCCGGAUCUGCUCCCACCACGGGGUCUGCAGCAAUGAGGGGAAGUGCAUUUGUCAGCCCGACUGGACAGGCAAAGACUGCAGCAUCCACAACCCCCUGCCCACCUCCCCGCCCACCGGAGAGACAGAGAGAUAUAAGGGUCCCAGCGGCACCAACAUCAUCAUUGGCUCCAUCGCGGGGGCUGUCCUGGUCGCAGCCAUCGUCCUGGGCGGCACGGGCUGGGGAUUUAAAAACAUCCGCCGAGGAAGGUAUGACCCGACCCAGCAGGGGGCAGUGUGACGCCGGCCACGUCAUCCCUCCCGCUGUCCUUGUCUCCAUCUCAUCGUCACCACCUUGCGUUCUGUGGAUGGGGAGCUGGGCCGAUUCCCCCAGCCCUGCUGUCAGAGUGUCCCGGCAAGGGGGGAGAGCAGCUCCGGGAAGACCUAGUCCUCUGCCCGCCCUUCCUCCUGCCCCCUCCUCUCUGCUGCUGCCCUUCCUCCGGCCAGGCGGACCCCGGAGGUGGGCCCCGCAGCCCCGUCCCGCCAGGGAGCCUCCCUCUG